GUCGAGGUGCGGCCCCGCUCUUCCUGUGUGACGUAUAUCGCGUUCUAUUUUUGAAAUUUUCCCGCGUAAUUUUCGCUUCCGAGUUUUCCUUUUAAACAAAAAGCAAAUGGCUUUUUUGAUGGUUAUCACGGUUGUUGAAUAUUCAGCUAGUAGCAAUUAUGUCGCUUAGUAAGUUGUGAGCCUGACGUUAAUAAUAAAAACUAUCACAGUGGAUCCUUUUGUGAAAAGAAAAAUGAAAAUUUUCAAAAAGAAGCUCCGUUUCUCGAUAGAUUCGAAUUAUGUAUGAAGUGUGAAUAUACUAUAAUCUGUGGCAGACAUUUAUUCAAUCUCACAUAUCAGCAGCGACUGCAAAUAUCACCUAUAUUUGAAAUUGAAGAUUUACCAAGAUGUACAUCAAUAGUAGUAGUGUGAGUAACGCCGUAUGUACAGCGCUCUUAGUUAUAUUAAUAAGUAUCACAGGCAUAAACACACAGACUGACAUAGUUACAACAACAAAUGAACCUCCAGAGCUAACAACACUUGAAGAUAAUUUUACUCAAACUUACAUAAAUAACCGACAAUCUAGAAAAAAUAUUGCCAGCCUUGAUGAUGUCACCAUGGAUCAAGAAGAAGUAAAUGAUCCUCCCGAAGUUCACAAUGUUAAUAUACUCUCAGAGAAAAUGAGACCAGAAAGCGCUUCAAGAGUAAUAAUGCCCGUGAAUUUUAAUAAUACAGUUAAUAAAAUAACGUUUGAUGGACAACCAGAUACUAGUUUUCCUAGGCAUAUAUCAAAACCAGUGGUUGAAAGAAAACCUAAUAAACGAGCCGAUAUUAGAGCACAUGUACAAUAUGAUGAAGUGACUGGUGAACUAAUAGGAGGUGAACAUCCAUGUCACAGAGAAUGUAAAGAAGGCGAAGAGCCAAUGAUUUGUUAUUAUCAUUUUAAUUUAGAGUGGUAUCAGACCAUGAGUAAAGCUUGCUUCAAUUGUCCCUACAAUAUUUCGGACUGUUCGAGACAAGAUUGUAUUCCUGCGGAUGGGAUGAAUAGACCAUUGAAUGUCGUUAAUAGAAAAAUGCCUGGACCGGCUAUAGAGAUCUGUGAAUAUGAUAGGGUUAUAGUGGAUGUUGAGAAUGACUUGAUGACUGAAGGAACCACAGUGCACUGGCAUGGGCAACAUCAACGAGGAUCGCCCUACAUGGACGGCACACCCUACGUGACGCAGUGCCCAAUAUUGCCGGAAACUACAUUCAGAUACCAAUUCAACGCAACUCAUGCUGGUACACAUUUCUGGCACUCGCACUCUGGUAUGCAACGGGCUGAUGGCGCGGCUGGAGCUUUUAUAGUCCGAAAACCCAAGUCACAAGAUCCUCACAAAAACUUGUAUGAUUAUGACAGAUCUGAACAUGUGAUGAUUGUGACCGACUGGAUACACGAGUUAUCAGUGGGCAUGUUCACCGAUCAUCAUCAUUCGAAAGGUGAUAACAAACCGCCCACGUUACUUAUAAAUGGCGUUGGCAGAUUCAAGGUGUUCAAUACCACGAAUACUAUCAAACCUAUAUAUAUGAGGGCGGCAACAUUUAAUGUUGAACAAGGCUACAAGUAUCGUUUUCGUGUAAUAAACGCCGAGUUCCUGAAUUGUCCUAUCGAACUGUCUAUAGAUGGGCAUAACAUCACUGUAAUAGCAUCUGAUGGCUACGAUUUGAAGCCUAUUGUCGCUACCUCUCUGGUAACUUACGCUGGAGAACGCUAUGACUUCGUGGUUGACGCUAGUAACGAGAUUGACAAUUACUGGAUUCGAUUUCGUGGGCUAAUGGACUGUGAUGAAAGAUUCACAAAGGCGAAACAAGUGGCGGUACUUCAUUAUGAGGGUGCAAUGGAGGUGGAACCGGAAGGCGACCCGACUUGGGAAGAACUGCACAACGAGGGAUUGCAACUAAAUGCUUUGAAUAAAGGCGAAGAAGAAGACGAAACUGUGAGCGUUGCAGAGAUGAGAUCAUUAGCAGGAUAUGAUGACACGUUGAAAGAAGUGGCCGACUACCAAUUCUACGUGGCUUAUGACUUUUACGCAAAGAAUAAUUCACAUUUCCACAGGUCGCCAUAUUAUGGAUAUUAUCAAGUACCAGUGAAGACUAAUCGAUUGUACACACCUCAACUUAAUCACAUUAGUAUGAAGAUGCCAUCGAGUCCAUUACUUCUUAAUAGACCUUCACCCGAAAAUUUCUGCAACUCGUCGAGUAUAGAUGACAACUGCAAGGAAGGCUACUGCGAAUGUUCUCAUGUUUUAUCAGUUAGAUUAAAUUCCGUUGUUGAAAUUAUUAUACUUGACGAGGGAGUAACUUUUGAUGCAAAUCAUCCUUUCCAUCUACAUGGACAUAGUUUUAGAGUAGUUGGAAUGAGACGACUAGCUAAUGAAACAACUAUAGAAGAAGUAAAAGCAUUUGACGAAGCUGGUUUAUUAAAAAGAAACCUUAAGAAUGCACCAAUAAAAGACACGGUUACAGUGCCAGAUGGAGGUUAUACGGUCAUUAGAUUUAAAGCAGAUAAUCCUGGAUACUGGUUGUUCCAUUGCCAUAUUGAAUUUCAUGUUGAAAUUGGAAUGGCUUUAGUGUUUAAAGUGGGUGAACAUAAAGAUAUGCCGCCAAUUCCCCCUGAAUUUCCCAGAUGUGGGAGUUACAUGCCAGAUAACAUGUUAGAACACGCUACUACAGAGAAACCGAAGGAUGAUAAUUCAUAUAUAUCUAUAACACAUUGGUGGCCUGUAGUAGUUAUGAAUUCUACAUCAUCAUGUGGCUCCUCAAAUUGUUUAUUAGGACUUAUAUUCCUAUGUAGUGUUUGGGUAUUAAAAUUGAACAGUGCAAUGUAAUUUAUAGCAUUUGAAAUUAUUAAUUUAGUUGAAUUUAUUGAGAUUGCGGUGUCAUUAAUCUUAUCGGUUGCUACAAUACGAAUUUGUACUUACAAUAAUGUAUUUAUUUAAUUGUGCAUUUUCAUAUUAUGAAAUUGCAUUUCCAAUUCAUUCAAUUGUUACACGGUUAUUUAUUGGACAGUACUUAUGUUAACUCGUAUUUACAUGGAUCGUUAACUAUUUAUUUUCUAAAUGGAAGGAACUGUAUUAAUAUUAUUGAACUACAUGUCUGUGAUUUAUUAAUUAUAGAUGUUAUGCAGCUUGCCAAAAAUAUUUAAACUUCUAUAAAAUCUGUGAAAAUUGUCGCUGGUGAUAUGUGAUAUUACUUAGUUAAGUUAGUAUUUAAUUAUUGUAACUUUAAUAUAAUAUUUUAUAUGCAAG